CUCGGCAGAGGAACCCCACAGAGGUGUUGGGUGGAGGGCAGUGGGGUGGGGCCAGGUCGGCUACGUGAGUCCUUUUUGCUGUUGGCCAAGCCACGUAACACAAGCCCCCAAGCUGGUGGUGGUUGGGGAGCAGCGUGGUUGCAGGCAGAGCUCCCUCUGCGUCCAGGACCUCAGAGCUAAGUACCAGUCCUCGGUCUCCUCUCAGGGAAAGGGGUUGUCCUGAAGCCUGCUGCGAAGGUGGGGACUUGUUUGGGCUCGGAGGGACCUAUGGGUGAGGGCUGGCAGAGAGUUCCAGCAGCAGGACGGAUAACAGCGGGGCUCCUGGACUAGGGGUAUGUGGUGGAGUGGCGUGCGGGUGAGUAAUCAGGACCGCGGGUAUCUGCUCCAGAAAACCUGCUCCUCCGAGGACCGUGCUGGCUGGGUUCCACUGCCAGCACUAUGAUUAUGGCCUCUUAAUGAGAAGGCGGCAGUGAACCAGAACCUUGAAGCUCCGUAGUACAGAAAUCUCCAGCCUCCGCCAUGCUCGUGGCUUUUUCACCAGUAGUCUCCUUUGAUUGUCAGUCACAAGGUGGAAAAUAAACCAAACAGAUUUCUUUGCUCUGGGAAAUAGUAACCCUGAUGAAUACACCUGCUUGCAGGGACAGAGGAUGUGAUGGAGCUGCUUGAAGAAGAUCUUACAUGCCCAAUUUGUUGCAGUCUGUUUGAUGAUCCUCGAGUUUUGCCUUGCUCGCACAACUUCUGCAAAAAAUGUUUAGAAGGGAUUUUAGAGGGAAAUGUACGGAAUUCAUUGUGGAGAUCACCUCCAUUCAAGUGCCCCACUUGCCGGAAGGAAACUUCAGCAUCUGGAGUCAAUAGCCUGCAGGUUAAUUACUCCUUGAAGGGUAUUGUGGAGAAGUAUAACAAGAUCAAGAUCUCUCCCAAAAUGCCCGUGUGCAAAGGACACUUGGGGCAGCCUCUCAAUAUUUUCUGCUUGACUGAUAUGCAGCUGAUUUGUGGAAUCUGUGCUACCCGUGGUGAUCACACUAAACAUGCCUUUUGUUCUAUUGAAGAUGCCUAUGCUCAGGAAAGGGAAGCCUUUCAGUCCCUCUUUCAGAGCUUUGAGACCUGGCGUCGGGGAGAUGCUCUUUCUCGCUUGGAUACCUUGGAAACUAACAAAAGGAAAUCUCUACAGUUACUGACUAAAGAGUCAGAUAAAGUGAAGGAGUUUUUUGAGAAAUUACAACACACAUUAGAUCAAAAAAAGAAUGAAAUCUUGUCUGACUUUGAGACCAUGAAGCUUACAGUUAUGCAAGCCUAUGACCCAGAAAUUAACAAACUCAAUACCAUCUUGCAGGAACAGCGAAUGGCCUUUAACAUUGCUGAGGCCUUUAAAGAUGUGUCAGAACCAAUCAUAUUUCUGCAGCAGAUGCAGGAGUUCAGGGAGAAAAUAAAAGUAAUCAAGGAAACUCCUUUACCUCCCUCUAAUUUGCCCAUGGGCCCUUUAAUGAAAAACUUUGAUACCAGUCAGUGGGAAGACAUAAAACUAGCAGAUGUAGAUAAACUUUCUUUACCUCAAGACACUGGCACAUUGAUUAGUAAGAUUCCCUGGAAUUUUUAUAAGUUUUUUCUGGUAGUCAUUCUGCUUGGCCUUCUCAUUUUCUUCAGUCAUGCUAUAUUCCUAGAAUGGUCUUUAUAUGAUGAACUCUCAACCUGGAAAGACCAUCUUUCACACUUUAGUUCCUAUUUGAGUAAAUCACCUGAUUUUGUAGAACAAUCCGUUUUUUACUGGAAACAGGUGACAGGUGGGUUUUUCAUUUUCAGUGAAAAAUUCAAGAAUUUUACUUGGGUGGUGCUGAAUAAUGUGGCAGAAUUUAUGUGCAAGUAUAAAUUAUUAUAAAAUCUGUUUCAAGUGCAUAGUUCUCUCUUUUGUUAGGCAUUUAUUAAAGAACAGAAUAGCUCCAAAAGUUUUCCUUCCAAAAGUAAUGUCUUAACACAUGCUACUCAAAUUAGGUAGCAUAAAGGUAAGAAUGAAAUUUAAUAAUACAGUCCUGAACACUCCUUCCUUUUAAAAGAGUAUGUCUAAAAUAGGCAUCUUACCCCUUAAUAUUGAUUGUAUUUAUGGUAUGUCAAAAGAGGAGGAAUGAGAGCACAUGAUUUAAUAUUGAUGACCUGGCUGGUGUAGCUCAGUGGAUUGAGCACGGGCCCGUGAACCAAAGGAUCAUGGUUCGAUUCCCAGUCAGGGCACAUGCCCAGGUUGCAGGCCAGUUCCCUGCAGGGGACGCACGAGAGGCAACCAUACAUUGAUAUUUCUCUCCCUCAAGAUGAGUAAAUAAUAUUGUAUUGAUGAGAUAAUGUAAUAGUGAUUAUUCACUUAAGCAUGUAAUAAAGGUUAC